AUGUCUUACGGAGGUGGUUACGGAUCUUCAAGAUCCAACGGAUAUUCCAACGGCUACAGUGGCGGUCACAGUUAUUCCAACGGCUACGGCAACUCGAACGGAUACUCUGGCGGCGGUGGCGGCGGUGAUAAGAUGUCGAGCCUUGGAGCAGGAUUGAAACAACAACAUUGGGAUCUUGCCGCACUGCCAAAAUUUGAAAAAUCAUUCUACAAGGAGGAUCCGGCGGUCACAAGCAGAUCACAGCGAGACGUUGACGAUUUCCGUCGAAAACACGAGAUCUCCGUCCAAGGUCGCAAUGUGCCACGACCAGUCGAGACUUUCGAUGAGGCUGGAUUUCCGGCCUAUGUCAUGUCCGAGGUCAAGGCCCAAGGUUUCGCUCGGCCCACGGCAAUUCAAUCUCAAGGUUGGCCCAUGGCACUCUCUGGUCGUGAUGUCGUUGGUAUCGCCGAGACUGGAUCUGGCAAAACCCUGACAUACUGUCUUCCAGCCAUCGUUCACAUUAACGCUCAACCACUUUUGGCACCAGGCGAUGGCCCCAUUGUGCUCGUUCUCGCGCCAACUCGAGAACUGGCCGUCCAGAUUCAACAGGAGAUCACCAAAUUUGGCAAAUCCUCCCGCAUUCGAAAUACUUGUGUUUAUGGUGGCGUUCCCAAGGGUGGACAAAUCCGUGACCUCACUAGAGGUGUGGAAGUGUGCAUUGCUACUCCGGGCCGCCUCAUCGAUAUGCUCGAAUCCGGCAAAACUAAUCUACGUCGCGUUACUUACUUGGUUCUUGAUGAAGCCGAUCGUAUGCUUGACAUGGGCUUUGAACCCCAGAUCCGCAAGAUCAUCAGUCAAAUUCGCCCUGACCGACAAACCUGCAUGUGGUCUGCCACUUGGCCCAAGGAAGUUCGCCAGUUGGCCUCGGACUAUCUCAACGAUUUCAUUCAGGUUAAUAUUGGUUCCAUGGAUUUGUCCGCAAACCACCGCAUCACUCAAAUUGUCGAAGUUGUUUCCGAAUUCGAAAAGAGAGACCGCAUGGUCAAGCACCUGGAACAGAUUAUGGAAGACCGGAACAACAAGAUUUUGAUUUUCACCGGUACUAAGCGUGUUGCCGACGAUAUCACUCGAUUCUUACGUCAAGACGGCUGGCCAGCACUUUCAAUUCAUGGUGACAAGCAACAAAAUGAGCGUGAUUGGGUCCUCAACGAAUUCAAGACUGGAAAGAGCCCAAUCAUGGUUGCUACGGACGUUGCAUCCCGUGGUAUUGAUGUUCGAGAUAUUACUCAUGUGUUCAACUAUGACUAUCCCAACAAUUCAGAAGAUUAUGUUCACCGUAUCGGUAGAACUGGACGAGCAGGAAGAAAAGGCACAGCUAUCACGCUCUUCACCACUGACAAUGCCAAACAAGCUCGCGAUUUGGUUGGUGUAUUACAAGAGUCUAAACAGAGCAUCGAUCCUCGUCUCGCAGAGAUGGCACGCUACUCUGGUGGCGGUGGAGGUGGCGGCCGUGGUUACGGACGUGGUGGUCACCGCGGUGGUGGUCGUGGUGGCUUCACUGCUUCCAACGCUGCACCACUGGGCCGGAGCCGAUGGUAA